AUGGAGUACACGCCGCCCCCCGCCAAACCUCAGCUCUCCUCCCGGGCCAACGCUUUCUCCAUCGCCGCCCUGAUGUCCAGCGGCAGCUCGAAGGACAAGGAGUCCCCCGAGAGCACCAUCAAGCCCCUGGAGCAAUUCGUUGAGAAAUCCUCUUGCGCCCAGCCUUUGAGUGAUUUAUCCAGCCUGGACCCUCACGGGGAUUUUAGCAGCAGCCCUUCAUCCCUGUGCACCGAGCCCCUCAUCCCCACCACCCCCAUCAUCCCCAGCGAGGAGAUGGCCAAAAUCUCCUGCAGCCUGGAGACCAAAGAGCUCUGGGACAAGUUUCACGAACUGGGUACCGAGAUGAUCAUCACCAAAUCCGGGAGGAGAAUGUUUCCUACGAUCAGAGUUUCCUUCUCGGGGGUGGAUCCUGAAGCCAAAUACAUCGUGUUAAUGGAUAUCGUUCCUGUGGACAAUAAAAGAUAUCGAUAUGCCUACCACAGAUCUUCCUGGUUAGUGGCUGGAAAAGCUGAUCCUCCGCUCCCUGCAAG